CAGGGCGGCGGGGGGGGGGGACACACUGGCCCGGGGGCAACAGUGCGGCGGCGGCGGGGGGACGACACACUACACGAGCCCGGGAGCAACAGCCGCGGUUCCCGGGUUUACCAAGGGGGAAAAUAUGUACUUUUUAAGAAGUUGUCCGAUCUGAACUGUGGAUGAGUCAUCCGUUUCUCUCCGACAAGCUGAACCGGGAUGGGAUCACGAGUGCCUCUCAGGAAGUCCGGAGUCGACCCUCCUUCCGCAACGGUAAUACCACGCACCGAGCUUUCUCUUUCUCUAUUUCCCUCCUGAUGUAGUGCUUCCGCUGCAGUCGGAGCAACGCCUCCGUGCCUCAUCACCUUCCGAACACGCUGUCAGGCCGCCGAGAGAUCGACUCGUGUUGUGGUUCCUGUGCUACAGAGGAAAAUCAAUUACUUCGGAGUGCUUCUGCUGUGCCAACUUGCGCUGCCGUGGCGCCGGGUUUCUUCCUUUCUCCCUUCCCCACCUCAGGAGGAUCUUCUCACCUGGAGUUUGGCUGCAUUUGCAACAGUCGCAGACACACGUACACACACCACAGCACAAGAGGUGGUGUGGGGGGGGGGGGGGGACUUUCUGUCGGCCCGAAAGGCUGCUGUGCCGAGGAGAGGGGUAACGAUGUCUUCCGCUCGGUUAUCGCCCGGUUGUCAGCAGAUGUGCCCCACUGCUCGGGAAGCAGAAAUCUUUUGUCCCAUAUCUCUCACCUCCAGCCAGUUCACACAAGAAAUACUACCGAUCUUGCAGCAGGCGUACUUAGAUGAAACGUCAGUGGAUUAUUUUCAUUACAGCCAAGUGACCUUAGUGAAUAAUACAAGGCUGCUACAUCAGCACAAUGACUGGCUGUUGGAUAUGGAGAAAAAAGGAUAUACCAAGGAGGAGCUUGCUGAGUCCUUUGCUUUCUUACUGUUUGAAACAGAAGAUCAGGCAAAAGCAGUCUGUCAAAAAGGAUUGGAGACUGGGAGUAGUGACAUGACAAUGCUUGGAGAUCCAAUGAAGGGAGUAUAUCUUUGUAAAUAUUCUGACUUUCUUCAUCCUACACCAUGGCAUCAUGGGAAGCAAGGCUAUAUUCUUGUAUUUAAAAUAAUUAAGGGUAGAGUGAAGCCUGUGAUUGAAAAUUACACUUCUGAUUUCACCAGUCCAACUCCUGGCUACAAUUGCCAUAUCUCCACAAACAGUGAGAAAGUUUCUUCCAGAAUAAGCCACUUUCAAGCCUUUGAACUGACACAGUAUUAUCUGUAUGAGUUUGAACAGUGUGAUGUUCAGCAUUGCCCUAGACAAGUUUAUCCAUACGCUGUUGUAGCAUUUCAGUACUAUGACUACAAGUGCAUCACGACACAGUCAGGAGAGAUUGGGAUAGAUUCUUCUAAAAUUCAAGCUGUGCAGUAUUGCCUUUGGAAAGGAAAACUCAUCAACAAAUCCAAGGAGAUCAGUGUGGCUCUGAAGUCGAAUGGCAGUGCAUUGAUGCCGGUUACUUUACCAACAAAGCUUGAAAUUGAAUAUGUGAUCAAGAUCGAUGAACUGAAAAUCAAAUUGCCACAGGCAGUUUUUGAAAGAAAAACUUACGUGAUAAAAGAAGUUUGUUUGGAAGGUUUAUAUUGCAGUUGGUAUGAGCUGGUGGAAUAUCUGGAAGAAGGAGACACUCCUCAACUGGGUCCUCUAUUGGAUGAAUUGAAGGAAAAGAACUUGGCAAUUGUGAAAUGCUUACAGGAUCAGGGGCUCCUCAUAUUGUUCAGCGAAUCUGUUGCCAGCUCUGCUAGAGAAAGCAGCAAGACCACCCAGGGCGCAGCACAGGCUGUAUUCAUUUUUAAAUCGCCAAGAAUUUCUCAUCUUAAAGAUGUAGGUCAGGUAAUCCAUCCACGACAGAGCUCACCUUUCUCAGCUAAGAUAUCUCUGCUUCUUCCUGCUGUUAGUUAUGCAGUGGCGAAAGGUCUGAGAUCCUCUGGCAGUCAGAAGCCUCCAUGUAAAAAACUGGUUGAAGACAGUCUCAUUGAGUACUUUAAAAUGGCACCAGAGGUGCCUCCGAAUUCCCACCAGAAUGCAGAUGGUAGCCUUCCACAAGUUGCCUGUGAGAGGGAGCUGUCUAUUCCAGAAAACUGCCAGGGAUCGACAGUCUCCCGCCUCUCUCCCUACUUUACUGACCCUACAAACUACAUGCUGCCUGUGUCAGCAAUUUUGAAACUUCAGGCAAACUAUCUCAAGCUGUGUCAGAAGUCCAGUGCCAAGGUUGCGAGCCAUUCUCAUGUUUCAGAACCAAUGUCCCGCAAAGCUACGAUCCCAAGGGAAAAUAAACCAGGGCAGGUCCAAAGAAAAAGUCCCAUGACCAGGAGCUCCCACGUGAAGAAUGCACCUCCUGGUUCCGGGAUGAAGAUGAGGAUAAUGGCACAGAAACAGACAAAGCCACCAAACAGAGAUCUACGCACCAAUGCAGCAAGAACCAAUGCAACCAGCAAACCAGUUACUGGUAAGGCCUUUAGCAAAAGUGCCAGUGCAGUGAGGUUUAAAGGGAACACUUUGUCCACCAGAGCAACAAGCAGACCAGCUGCCAAAGUGGAAAAGCCAGGUCCUGACUGUGGCACCAGCAAAACUGCACCUUCAAGUCUUGGGCGAUCCUCCAGGUUGCAACCUGCUUGCGGUAACAAAAGAGCUCUGGCAGAGUCGGCCAAAGGUAACUCCAAGGGACAGCCUGCCCCUCCGGAAGUGAACGCAAAGAGGAUGAAAGCUACCAGAGUGCCUCUUAAAACGGGCUCCGACCGAAAUGCUAAGGCAGAGAAAGCUGCUGAUGACUGCAGGAAGGCGAGGAAGGUGGGAGAGGAGAAGCCGGGCCAGCACCGUAGUGAAACAGUCUGUGUUACAGGAAUAAACACAGAGCAGAUUUCAAGAUAUGGUGUCUGUACCUGGAACUUUGUAGAAGGCAAGCCUGCUGACAAUGGAUCUGCCUCCCUGCAGCCCCUGUCCUUGGCCAUAAGCCCAAAUGAGUCACGGUCAAAGAAAGGUUCAGAGGAGGGAAGUGGAGCCCCAGGGAAGGGUAUUGAAACCAAUAUUUUGGAAACAGAUGCACUCAACAUUCUUGCCGAUCUUGCAAUUAGCUCAGCCAUCGAGGCACUACCUAGAUAUAAACAGAAACGCUCCAUAUCAUUGUACCUGGCAUCUGGCACGGGUGCGUCCAACAAGAUUGGUUCCGUUCAGAGCAGCAGGCGAUCGAAUUGUUCUCUCAAUCUACCUGCGAAGGGCAGUGCUUGUUUGCCUGACACAGAACUAAGUGUAGCGGAAAGCCACCAAAAUGGAAGUCAAGAGCACUCUGAAAGUCAACCUGUCUCUGGGAGUUUAAGAUAUAUGACAGAUGUCAUGCCAGCUUUUCCUAGCCAAGAAACAUUGCAAGUUCACAAAUCUCCGACCCAAGUACGGAAGGACGUGGCUCGCAGAUCUUUAACUGCUCCACGAGGUUCACAUAUCUUGGUAGACCAUUCAUAUUCCCGGCCACCAAGGGAUAGAGAAACCGUGUGUUUAGCCGUCGCUAACCCUGUGUUGUCAGAGAAGGAGGAUGUGGUUUAUCAGUCUACAUCAAUGCCGGUGGAGAGUGAGAAAAGGCAGUCCACCACAUUUGACCAACAGAACAGGACUCAUUCUGAGGUUUCCUCCAAAGAUGAGGAGAGAAGUUAUGAGGAAGGGACAUUAGUUGGCAGAGUGCUGCCUUUCAGGCGCGAGGACAGUUGUCGGACAAACAUUAGAGACCCCGCCCCAGAUCCACAGAAGGAAGAUGAUGCAAUAGGAAAACGUGCUCAGAUACCUGAUUAUACUCUGACAGAUCCAGUACAGAGCAGGUUGGAUGAAGCUUGCCAGCAGUCUCGUUAUGUACAUGAGGAAAAGGACACUAUAAAGGUGACAUUUAAAUGGAAAGGGCCAUAUCUGUACCAAUGGGACAGCAAGUAUACCAAUGACCCACUAGAGAAAUCUGUGAAUCGAGCACUACAUGGACUUUGGGAUCCAACGAUCCAAGAGACCAUGAAAGAUGUGAAGCUUAUCCUUCAUAUGUGGAUUGGGCUUUUUUAUACCAAGUCUAGUAUGAUGCUGCAGAACGCAAUAAGACAGGUACAAGAAUGCACUGAGGCUCCAGACACGGUGACUGCAGGAGAUCUGUACAAAGAGUCAGCUGGAGUUCAGGAGCCCGCCGUGAAUGAAAGUGACUCAGAGUCAGCAGCUUCAGAAGAACACCAAGCACCAGGAGUAAUCACGUCAUCCGUAAUUAAGAGGAUCAAGAUGAAUUCAAACCUCGGCGCCUAUUGUGACGGCGAUGCACCAGUCUGUGAACGAGAACUAGCCCAAGGGAGUGUUCCUCCAGAGGAAGAGGGCGGAGAGAGUGACAUCAAUGAGACUGUGACGGAUGUAGCAGCACAAACUUCCAGCAGUGACCUGGAAGAACAUGGCAAACGGGAAUCUUCAGAUGAUGUGGGUGAUGCGAGAUCAGCAAGUGAAACCCAGGAGCAAAGUUUGGAUCAGAGAUCGACUCCUUUAUCAGAUGAAAGACACAUUGCUGAAAUCAUACAAUACCACGGCGUUCCAGAUAAAACUACUGGAUGUUUGUUGGAAUGGGAUUCUAUGGGUACAAGUCCAUCUACGAAUCGAGCUGAAAUUAUUCAGCAAAAUGUACAGGUUGAGUCUGAAGAGAGCUGGAGUUCCUCAGUGACGCCAUCGGCUUGUCCAAUUUUGAUUGCAGAGAAGCCUAGAAGUGUGGCUAAUGAGAGUGGCCAGCCGGGAAUUAUUCGUCAGUCUUCAGUAAUUAGAGAGCUCCUCUGUACUAAGCCCCAGGCACAGCAGCAGUCUCCGAGUACAGACCUCAGCAGUGCACCUGCUCCAGGGAGCUGUCAAAAGCCACAUGGAUCAAGUGAAAGCAGACAUCAUGACAAAGGAUCUGAUUAUCUCAGCAACGGAGAGAAUAGGAAUUGCAAAGAAGACUUGGGAAACAUCGAAGGCAUGCUUCCAACUCAGAGAGAUUUGUUGCUGGAUGAACUUGAACAGUUUAACCUGACUGAUGCUGUGUCUGAAAGCUUUGCUUCUACAAAAGAUGUGCAAAGUCAUUCUGAAACUUCAAAUGUCAUCACACAUGACUAUAAUAGAAGCUUGGAUGCCCGCAGACCUGUGGAUGUUAGAGAUAGGACACUGGGGGAAGGAAUUACUGGCUCCCAUAGUGAAAAUUGUGCUGAUAUUCAGCAAAUCAGAGAUGAUAUAGAAACACAACACAAGAGAACUAUGGUGGAAAGAUUUCUGGGAGAGCGGGUGAAUUCAAGUGGUUCUGAUCUUGAAUAUCCAGACCAAUUGGAAUGUUUGCCCCCUAGUUACAGCCGUAGAAACCCGAUAAGACCUAUCUGGAGUCAAAAGCAUUUGUGGAAGCAGAGCAUUCAGCAGGAGGAGGAAAUUGAAUCAGCGAAUCACCAUGAUGACUUUGACACUGAUUCUGAAAGAUUCGAUUGCAGCCGUGAUCUCUCCAAAGAAACUCUCGCUUCCCAUGAAGAUUUUUCAGAAGGUACAGACAGUGAAAUUCACACAAGGGCUAGAAGCUUCCUGGAAGAUGAAGUGGUGCCCAGGGUUAGUCAUAAAGCAAGUUGUCGGCCUGCGAAAAGGAAAGCAAUAGCACGCAGAAAGAAAGCCCAUUGCUCAUCUGAUAUGGAUUCAGAAUGCGGAAGUUUCAGAGAGAACUGGGGAGCAAUCGGUUGUCCUCUGCAGAUGAGAAAUGUUGAAGGGAAUUAUUUAGCUCACGACUUUGAAGAAAAUGAUGCCGGGGCGGAGAUGAGUGACUCCAAUGUCCAUGUACCCGUGUUCAUUAAAAUUCCGGACAACUCGGGCAGACACAAAGUCUUACAAAACUUCAGCGUCACCACAGAAGUUCAACCAAAACCCACUAGGCCCUGUAUGUGUGAUAGGAUCACAAGGACAUUUUGUAACUUGGAAAGGAAAAGCUUCCAUAUGAGCGCACCUUUGCUUUUUCCAGAGUCUGACACAAGUUGCUGGAGCAACGGCAGUCCAAUUCAGAACAUUUUAGACCUUGAGUUUAUCCAUUUCUCUCGGAAUGUUAACCGGUUGUUAACCAGAUCCUGUGCUGCACCGUAUGCAAGCAUCUUCUCCAUGAGACAUGGGCGUGGAACAGCUUUGAGAAGGAAUAGUGUCCAAAUUGGGUCCAGUGAGAAGGCAGCACCACUGACUGUGACACUAUCUCAUCAAAUAACUGACCAAAGUAGUGAGAGACACUUGUGUAAUAAAACUCAGAUAUCGCAACUGACUAAUAGAGAAGAUUAUACCAGGAAUUGGAAGUGCGAACUGCAACACCUUCACAAACCUAAAAGCCAUAAAAGAUAUUGCAAAAGACCGUGGAGUCGCCAUGCUGAUGAACAAAUGAAUAGAAUGCCAAAGAAACAGUGGAGAGAAACUGGGGAGAGAUGGUCUUUGUUGGUGGAUCAGCAGGCAAAUGUAGUGUGUGAGGAACGCAAAGAGCUUCAAGGUGAGAAGAGGAAAAGAUGUGAUUCCUUUCUGUCCCAAGUAACCAAUGUCAGCAGUAACCUGCACCAGAGCUUAAACGAAGUUGUAAAGGAAUCGUGGAAAGUCGGCUACAAAUUUUAUGUUUGUGAGACAAAUUCUGAUUCAUUCUUGAAGGAAGUUAAGGAAUUUCUAAAGAAAGAAGGUCACGUGGAAAUUAGCCAAUCGGAUCUUUCCAUGAUACAGCUGCACCAUUCUGGCAAAGUGCUUGUGGUUAUCCGGAAUGAAGACAUUGCAACGCAGUUGCAUCAGAUUCCUUACUUAGCAAUGCUGAAGCGGAUGCAAUGCGUUCAGUUCGCUGGAGUGGACAGUCCAAGGGACAUAGAAGACCAGACCUUUCAAGAGUUGUUUAGCUCAGGAGGCUUUAUUGUCUCUGAUGGGACUGUGUUGGACAAAGUGACUCCUGAACACCUGCAGCAGAUUUCUGACCUGCUGGAGAAGCUUGGUUCUGAGUCUAGAUGGAAGUGGAUGGUUCAUUUCAAAGAACUCAAAAAGCUGAAGGAGAUGGCAAGGGAGGACAGUGCUGCCAGGAGGAAGAUUUCCUUACUGAAUCAGAAGAUUGAAGCAAAUAUUGUAGAAGUUCUCCCUUUCCACGGGUGUGAUUCGAAGUUCCAGGUGAAGCCCGACUACCUCAGUUGCCUCAUAAAACUGCAGGUUCAGAGAAUAAGCUCCAGGUUCGCCGUGCUUCUCUCAGGUAAACCUGAGAACAGAGAAGUCUUCACCCAAAAUGGAAUCAUCGUUAUGGAUGUAAAUAAUCUCACUAAGGAAUUAAGAACCCUGACCACUUGUUUACAGAGUACCUUGGUCACAGAAAAUGCUAUUCAGGCUGAAGAUCAUCACUCCACAGAGACGCAAUUGGGAUCGUUCUUUGGGAAAAGCACAGCAAGUUCAAAUUCAGAAAUGGAUCCAAACUUGUUCUGAGUUGUAAGGUAUUCAUUUCGGUAUGCCAAGGCUUCAGCUGGGUGGGUGGACGUGUGGUUGGGGUUGGGAUAAUCUUUUUAGUCACAACUUUUUGGUUUUUUUUUGGAAAACCAAGAAAAAUAUGUAGUCAUCUUCAUUCAGUUGUCCUGUAUCUUGUCCAUGGUUGUUUAUUUGUACUUCCUAUCUUUUCAAUGUCCAUUGCCACAAAUAAGUUAUUUUUCAGAAUCUUUGCCUGAUCUUAGCAAACACUUGGCUGAACAGUCUUAACAAAAAUUUGCAAAUACUUGUUCUGGUAUUUUGGCUGCUUUGCAGAAAAAUGAGCCAGUUCCAAGGGUAAGAGGAUCACCUUUCUCAUUGCCUAACUCCAGACUUCUCAAGUUAUUGGUUUCCCAUACGAGCAAUUGUAGUUGGGGGUUGGAGUGCAAAACCCCACUAUGUCUUCAGAAGCAAAUGACAGGAGGUUCUUGGAGAUACUCACAGAAAUAUCUCUCCAUCUUCUCAGCAGGGAUUUGGAUAGGAUUUGUCUGUAAAGCAUUUCCAAUUUACCUGGCUACAAUAUCUUGAUUUAUUGAUAUUCAACAGAAUAUAAAUCCCCUGCUGAUGAAUAAUCUAAUGGGUAAUAAUCUACUCAUUAUCAAACUAUAAAAUAUUAGAAAAAUACUGCAAUUGUUGAAAUAUACCAUUUGGUAAAGUGCUAUUUGUUUUGAGUUGGUGUUUACCAUUGUUUUUUUAAAAGUUAUUUAUAAGUAAGGUUUUUUCUUUAGUUAUCCCUGUGUCAGGCAGUUUUUUCCAACGUAAUAGGUGAACUCCAUGAGUUCAGUCUUUCUGUUUUUUCUUCUGUCCCCCUUUGUUAAAAAUGAUAUAAAGUUGAUAUUAAUAAAAAAAAAUCAUAACAGAAACCUACUCCAGAUUUCUCAAGUGAUUGUUGGAGUCUUGACAAGUGUAGAAGUAGGAAUCAAUAUUCCUAUGGUGUUUGGUAGAACUGUCAAAGGUAGAGCUACCAUAUUCGAUCAGCUCUAUUUUUUAAUGCACCUGAAUGUGCUUUUUUUUUAACCUCCAUUGGUUCACACUAAUAUGACUGUCAUCUAAAUGGCUGAAUGUAUUAUAUUUUUAUAUUUAUUUGUAAACAUGUACAUAUUUAAUCACUGUCAAAAUAAAAAUUAUUUGUAUUGCACAAACAGGAACAUUUGUUAGUAAAUUUUGUUGGAAUAAAAUUCUGAACAAUUAACCUUUAGAGUAUUCUGCUUUGUGGAAGAACUUUCUCUAUGUACAAAGUAAUUCCAUGAUGGUCAGAUGUCUCUAUCUCUUUCCUGUAAUCCGACUCAUUGUUAUUUGAGAUAUGGCCUACCACAGUGGUAUCAUCUGCAAACUUGUAGAUGGAGUUAGAGCAGAAUCUGCCACGCAGUCAGGAGUGUAUAGGGAUUAGAGGGCUGAGGAUGCAGCUUUGUGGGGCAUCAGUGUUGAGAAUAAUCGUGCUGGAGGUGUUGCUGCCUGUCCUCACUGAUUACAGUCUGUUGAUCAGAAAGUCAAUGAUCCAGUUGCAGAGGGAGGUGUUGAGUCGCAGGUCUCGGAGUCUGGUGAUUAGUUUACUUGGAACUAGAGUACUUAAGGUGGAGCUGUAGUCAAUAAACAAUAGUCUAAUGUAGGUGUCUUUACUGACCAGAUGCUCCAGAGUGUAGGGCCAGGGAGAUGGCAGCCACCGUAGACCUGUUUCAGUGGUAGGUGAAUUGCAGUGGGUCGUAAUUCAAAAUCAUUGCAAUAAUUUUUAGACAUGCCCUUCUCUAGCAGGUUGCUAAGCUCAGACAAAGUAACUAUGUCCUAAAGUGGAUCAGGCCAGCAGAAAUCAAAUGAUUGUUAUGGGACAGAAGGAUCCCACCCAUAAAACAGAUAGUAGCAAGCAUGGGGAUCCAUAAUCAUGUAGGCAGAGAUUAUAUGGUACCUUCUGUAAAUGGGCAGGUUUAAGAAAGACUCUCAGGUGCAAAGCCUCCCAAACGACUUAUCUGAAUUUGUACACUGGUUAAAGUUGAAAAUCAGAGCCAUAUUCAUAGUUACCAGUUGGUUUUAGUAAACUGUAUGGCUAACUGUUA